AUGGACGAUUACCUGUCCACUCCGAACACCCUCGGGGGAGCGCGGGACCCAUGCAAAAUGGCUUCUGCGUCUCUGGGAUCGAGCAGCAGGACGGGCUCCACGAGGGGUUCCCCGAGAGGGAAAACUCAUACCCAAAUGUCGGUGGACCUGGCAGCGAUCUCCGCAAAUAUGCUGACUAGGAGUGACAAGACGGCAUUAGUAGCCAAGCUCAGAGCAGCUAUCUGUGAAGAGAUCACAGCGGUGCGGAGAGACCUUGCGGUUCUGAAGCAGAGGGUCGAUGACCUGGAGGAAUACCGCAUGCAGACUACUCACCACCUACAGGCAGCUGACUUGGCGGCCUCACUGCAGGGUAACAAACUCCUUGACCUCGGACGUCAGGUGGAGGACCUCGAUAAUCGGGGCCGCCGCAACAACAUCCGCGUGAGGGGCAAGCCGGAGUCUGAAGGGGAAUCACCCAAGGAGCUCCUCACCUGA